AUGCGUUCCAAGGGACCGUCGCACCCCAACUGUGAACGACUGAUACUCAUUGCUAGCCGCUCAGUCGUCUGGGCCGUCUGGACCCGCGGCUACUACGGCGGGCUCAAGCGGCCCGAGAAGGGCAACACGAUGCACAUCCUGCGUCUGGCCGUCGAGGAGGACGAGAGCGAGGCCAACGCCGGCUCCAGGGCCGCCGGCGCCGCUGACGACGACGCCUUCGUCCAGGACGCCGUCGAGGCCCUGCUGCGCCUCGCCCAUGCCGAGGCCGCCGAGUGGCGGGUCAACAACAUCGAGCUGUGGAACCCCGACCCGCGCGUCCGCGCCCUCAUCGAGAGGGCCGGCAUCCCGCACGAGUUCGUCGAGCGCGAGACGGAGAGCAUCGCGAGCCUCAUGUGGUACGGCGAGGGCGAGGUCGAGUGGGUUCUCAACGAGAAGUUUGGCUGGUGCUGA